AUGGGUACAUGGAAACCGAGCAAGAUGCGCGACAUGAUGGAUGAUAACGAAAUUCAGCAACCUGAGAAGAAGCAGAUCACUCCUCAAAUGGCCCUUACAAUCUUUAGGAACAUCUCAGAGGAAGACGUUCGUCUUAUGGGAUUGAGUAAUGAUUACGCCCGACCCGAGUGGAUGAUUAUUACCGUAUUACCUGUUCCACCUCCCCCCGUUCGACCUAGUGUCUUGGUCGGAGGCAGUGGUACCGGCCAACGUGGAGAGGAUGAUUUAACAUACAAGCUUGCUGAAAUUAUCCGCGCCAAUCAAAACGUUACCAGGUGCGAGCAGGAAGGCUCUCCGGAGCAUGUGGUUCGCGAAUUCGAGUCUCUGCUGCAAUACCAUGUCGCAACUUACAUGGAUAAUGAUAUAGCUGGCAUUCCCCAAGCAAUGCAGAAAUCCAACCGCCCCGUUAAGGCCAUCCGUGGAAGACUAAAGGGAAAAGAAGGUCGUCUCCGACAGAACCUGAUGGGAAAACGUGUGGACUUCUCAGCUCGUACUGUCAUUACUGGCGAUCCGAAUCUCUCUCUUGAUGAGGUUGGAGUUCCUAUUAGCAUUGCGCAGACGUUGACAUACCCUGAGGUGGUCACACCUUACAACAUCCAUCGACUAGGCCAACUGGUCGAUAAUGGUCCAGAUGUUCAUCCAGGUGCACGCUAUGUCAUUCGUAGCUCUGGUGAACGUAUUGAUCUUCGGCAUCAUAAGGGUGGUGGUGGCCGAAAUUUCCUGCAAUGGGGAUGGAAGGUUGAGCGUCACCUUAUGGAUGGCGAUUUCAUCCUUUUCAACCGUCAACCGUCCCUUCACAAGGAGUCUAUGAUGAGCCAUCGUGUCCGUGUUAUGCCAUAUUCCACUUUCCGACUGAAUUUGUCUGUCACGACCCCGUACAACGCCGAUUUCGAUGGAGAUGAAAUGAACUUACACGUCCCUCAAAGUGAAGAGGCUCGAGCUGAGCUUAACCAACUAUGUUUGGUUCCUUUGAAUAUCGUAUCCCCGCAAAGAAACGGUCCACUUAUGGGUAUUGUGCAAGACACUCUUUGUGGAAUUUAUAAGAUCUGCCGACGAGACGUAUUCUUAACGAAGGAGCAGGUUAUGAACGUUCUUUUAUGGGUUCCGGACUGGGAUGGUGUUCUUCCUCAACCUGCAAUUCUUAAGCCCCGUCCAAGAUGGAGUGGAAAACAGAUGAUUAGUAUGGUUCUUCCAUCUGGCUUAAACUUGCUUCGAAUCGACAAGGACAAGUCUCCCAUUUCAGAAAAGUUCUCCCCCCUGGCGGAUGGAGGUGUCUUGGUCCAUGGUGGUGAACUGAUGUAUGGAAUGUUUUCUAAGAAGACUGUUGGUGCUUCGGGUGGUGGAAUUGUUCAUACAAUCUUCAACGAAUACGGACCUGAUGCUGCUAUGAGCUUUUUCAAUGGAGCCCAGGCGGUUGUGAACUACUGGCUCCUUCACAAUGGUUUCAGUAUUGGCAUUGGUGAUACAAUUCCUGAUCUGGAAACUAUUCAAAAGAUCGAAAAUGCAGUACGUGUCAGAAAGGAAGAAGUCGACUCCAUUACCGCCAGUGCUACGGAAAACACUCUGGAGGCUCUUCCCGGUAUGAACGUUCGAGAAACCUUCGAGAGCAAGGUAUCCCGUGCUCUGAAUAAUGCUCGUGAUGAAGCUGGUACUGCGACGGAAAAGAGCUUGAAGGACUCGAACAACGCGGUUCAAAUGGCUCGAUCUGGCUCUAAAGGUUCCACCAUCAACAUUUCUCAGAUGACAGCGGUAGUCGGUCAACAGUCAGUUGAAGGAAAGCGUAUUCCUUUCGGAUUUAAAUAUCGGACAUUGCCACAUUUCACAAAAGAUGAUUAUUCUCCAGAAUCUCGUGGAUUCGUCGAGAACUCGUAUCUCCGUGGACUGACACCCACCGAAUUCUUCUUCCACGCUAUGGCUGGUCGCGAAGGUUUGAUUGACACUGCUGUCAAAACUGCGGAGACUGGUUAUAUCCAGCGAAAGCUUGUCAAGGCACUGGAAGAGGUCAUGGUUAAGUACGACGGAACUGUUCGCAACUCCUUGGGAGACAUCGUCCAGUUUCUUUACGGUGAAGAUGGCCUUGACGGCCAGUGCAUCGAAAAUCAGCGUGUUGAUGUUAUUAAAUGCUCGGAUGAACAGUUUAGAAACCGGUUCCGUGUUGACCUCAUGGAUCCAGAGCGCUUGCUUUCGCCAGACAUCCUCGAGCAGGCGACAGAGAUUGCAGGUGACAUUGAGGUACAAAAACACCUUGAUGAAGAAUGGGAACAACUGUUGAAGGACCGCGCCUUUUUGCGAACUGUUGUCAAGGAAGAUGAUGAGAUGAUGCAACUGCCGAUCAACAUCCAGCGAAUUUUGGAGUCGGCCAAAACCACUUUUAGAAUUCGUGAUGGCACAAUUAGUGACCUUCACCCAGCAGAGGUUGUUCCACAAGUCAGGCAGCUGUUGGAUCGUUUGCUUGUAGUCCGUGGAGACGAUGCUCUCUCCCGUGAAGCUCAGGAAAGCGCAACUCUUUUGUUCAAGGCACAGCUCCGUUCACGUCUUGCGUUCAGACGCUUGGUUGUGGAAUACUCACUGAACAAGCUUGCUUUCCAGCAUGUUCUCGGUGCCAUUGAAAGUCGAUUUGGAAAAGCUGCGGCGAAUCCCGGUGAGAUGGUUGGUGUGUUGGCUGCCCAGUCAAUUGGAGAGCCGGCUACCCAGAUGACUCUCAACACUUUUCAUUUUGCUGGUGUGUCCUCAAAGAACGUUACGCUAGGUGUGCCUCGUCUUAAGGAAAUCCUAAAUGUCGCAACGAACAUCAAGACGCCAUCUAUGACUGUUUAUCAAGCGCCAGAGUGUCGGAUGAAUAAAGAGUCUGCUAAGCAAUUGCGAAGCAUUGUUGAGCAUACUAGUUUACGAUCGGUAACAGAGUCAACUGAGAUAUACUACGAUCCCAAUAUCCAGUCAACCGUUAUUGAAAACGAUAUUGAUAUGGUGGAAUCAUACUUUAUCAUUCCGGAGGAUGUUGCGGACGAUUCAUCACGACAAUCAAAGUGGUUGCUUCGUAUCAUUCUAAGUCGACCAAAGCUUCUGGACAAGGGUCUUACCGUCCAAGACGUUGCAACAAAGAUUAAGGAAGCAUACCCCCAGGAUAUAGCUGUUAUCUUCAGUGACAACAACGCCGAUGAGCAAGUCGUCCGUAUUCGUCAAAUUCAAGAUCCAAAGCAAGACGAAGAUGAUGAUGACACGGAAUAUGAUGUUACCCUCAAGAAAUUGGAAAGCCACUUGCUCGACACUCUGACCCUACGUGGUGUUCCUGGUAUUGACCGUGCGUUCAUUAACGAAAAAUCCCGAACUAGAGUUCUCGAGGAUGGCUCGCUCCAUCAAAGUGCAAGUGACCCUGAAUGUAAGGAAUGGGUACUCGAAACUAGUGGUUCCGCCCUUGCAGAUGUGUUGGCAAUCCCUGGCAUUGACGCUAGCCGCACAUAUUCUAACCAAUUCGUUGAGAUUCUUGAAGUGUUUGGUAUCGAAGCUACUCGAACGGCCCUUCUCAGAGAGUUGACACAGGUGCUUGCCUUUGAUGGUUCUUACGUCAAUCAUCGACAUUUGGCACUUCUCGUGGAUGUCAUGACUUCACGAGGCUUCCUUAUGGCUGUAACCCGACAUGGUAUCAAUCGUGCAGAUACUGGUGCCUUGAUGAGGUGUUCCUUCGAAGAGACUGUUGAAAUCCUUCUUGAUGCUGCUGCUUUUGCUGAGUUGGACGACUGCCGAGGCGUGUCUGAGAACCUGAUCCUUGGUCAAAUGGCACCCGCAGGAACGGGAGAAUUUGAUGUCUAUCUUGAUCAGUCAAUGCUUAUGGGCGUUGUUUCCAACAAUGCAGGCUUAGGAGCAAUGGGCGAGGAACCCAAGGGGAUGCUUUCUGAUGGUGCCGCUACCCAGUACGACAGUGGCUCACCAAUGCAAGAGAACAUGUAUAUCAGCUCCCCUGAUCCUGAUUCCCAAUUUUCACCUGUCAGACAAGCCGGGUCAGAGAAUACUGUUGGGUUCGCUGAUUACCAGCCACCAAGUUAUGGUGGAUUCAGCCCUCAUGAACCGAGGAGUCCUGGAGGAGGCUACUCUCCCAGCAGUCCCUUCAAUACCAGUCCAACUUCCCCAGCAUAUUCUCCAUCGUCGGGUUACUCUCCCACUUCUCCAGGCAUGAGCAUUACGAGUUCACGGUUCAUUUCAUCUCCGGCCUUCUCUCCAGCCAGCCCGUCAUUUGCUCCAACCUCUCCUGCUUAUUCACCGACUUCUCCUGGAUAUGGACAAGCUCAGUCACCUACCUCUCCUUCCUACUCGCCCACUUCACCAGGUUUCUCCCCUACAUCGCCCAGCUACAGCCCCACGUCACCAAGCUUCAGUCCGGCCUCGCCUGUUUUUAGCCCUACAUCUCCUAGUUACAGCCCAACCAGUCCAGCGUUGGGAGGUACUGGCAGACAUCUUUCGCCAACCUCUCCUACCUCCCCGAAGUAUACCCCAACAUCGCCCGGAUGGUCUCCCACCAGCCCGGAAGCAUAUUCUCCAACCUCUCCAAACUUCUCUGGCUCACCGACUUCUCCAGGUGGUCCGACAUCUCCAGGCUAUAGCCCAACAUCUCCUACUUUUAACCCAACAUCCCCACGCCAGUAA